CAUUCGGUCUUGGUAGCACCCCAAACUUUGCAGCAACUUCAACAUCUUGACGAUAGCAGCAGCAACAGCCAGCAACAGCGCCAAACAAGUAAACAAGUACUACAUUUUUUUCCCAUCCAAUGACAGAUCCAUCUAUAUGGAACCAUAAACGUCUCGACCCGCCAUCUUUACACUCAAUCUCUCGUUUUUCCUCAGCGGACACUCUCACUUUCAAUGAUCCCACAAAGGUUUGGAUUGAUUUCCUCUUGGAUCAUGGUGGCUUCUUGACCUUACUUGGUCUGCCCGCUGUGAUCGCCUUCUUUACUUUCCUCAUCCGAAUGCGUUGGCUUCGACUGCAUCGUACGCCCCACGGAUAUGGCCGCACAAACUUGAUUUACUGGCCAUCACAAUUCUUCAUCGCCACAGCAUGUGUAAUUUUGCUGAUCUUGGCUGUUAAUUUGAGCAGCAACACGACCGGAUGGAACCAUGGACUCUUUGUAGGUGUCAUUCUGACACUUAUAGCAUGGAUAACUGCCAUUCCGCUCAACAGACUUGAACACAGAUACGAGUCCCGCUCUUCGGACUAUCUGUUCACAUUCUACCUAAUCUCCUUUUUGACCAGUGUGGCUACCCUGUACAUCUCCUCUGGGUAUCUCGGAGACCAAGACGAUGCUGGGCCUGUGAUGCUCUUCAAUUUCAUAAAAUACUAUACUAUUGCUCUGGCAAUUGCUUUCUUUUUUGAGGCCUUCCCUCGUCAGCACACUCGGGUGCAACGCCUUGCACGAGAGAAGGAGAAUUUGAGCGAUCAGCAGCAAGCGAACCUGUUCUACCAAUUCUCUUUUGCAUACUAUGGGCGAAUCAUCUCACUUGGUGCAUCUCGACCCCUGACUGGUGAUGAUCUGAUCAACAUGGACCCACCUAAACUUCGUACCAAGCCUAACUAUGAUCUUGUGGCAGCAUUCUGGGAACAGGCUAAAACAAACGCAGCCAGGAAACAAAAGAAGCCCUCCUUUUUCUGGGCAGUCUUGCGUGCAUACAAGAAGGAGACCGCCUUCAUGCUGUUAGUUCGUCUCGUGGGGUUCUCUAUGCUUUAUGCUUCACCACUUUUGUUUGGACAAUUGCUUCGGUUCAUUGAAGAUUAUUCAACUGCGGUACAGGAAGGAAGAGCGCCGCCGCCCCUCAAGAUUGGGUUGGCGAUCACGGCCACCAUGUUACUUUCCAACAUUGGUAAUACGUUCAUCCUUUGUUAUUCUUUCUUACUCAACAUAGAGCUUGGAAUCCAAGCUCGCGCUGCCACUGUUGCAAUGAUCUACCGAAAGGCUUUGAAACUGUCUCCAAAGGCCAGGCAAUCGAGUACUUUGGGUGAGAUCACGAAUCACAUGGCAGUUGAUGCAGAAAAAUGGAUCGAAGCCAGCACAUACUUGCCUCUACUGAUAUCUGUACCUUUCGAGCUUACUAUUGCGAUCUACCUCCUCUACCGGUUGCUUGGAUGGUCGUUUGUUGCAGGUCUAGCAGUCUUUGCCAUCCUUGUACCUAUUCAAACCAAGAUGGCUGCCUUCAUGAAUGGAUUCCAGGAUGAUCAGCUCAAAUGGAUGGACAGCCGACUUCGUCUUAUGACUGAACUAUUUUCUAACAUCAAGAUCGUUAAGCUUUAUCAUUGGGAAAUGCCAUUCCGCAAGAAGAUCGAUGCAUUGCGUGCAAAGGAACUGAAGGCUCUUAAGGGCCUUGCUACUAUUCGGUCACUCUUAACAAUUGUCUUCUCAUCAGUUACGCUUCUGAUGGCAUUGUUCACGUUUUGGGUGUAUUCAACCGUUGGAGGGCCUAAUAUGACUCCUGGGAAGAUGACAUCCGAAGUUGUGUUCGUCAGUAUUGCGUUAUUCGGUAUCAUGAAUCGACCCCUUGGAUUGGUUGCCCAUAUGAUCUCUAAAGCCAUUGCAGUAAAUGUAGCUAUGAAACGUAUUCAGAAAUUCUUGUUGAUGGAGGAAAUCGACACUACGACGGUCCGUCGAUAUAGUCGACAGCCACCAUCCAGCGACGGCUCGCAGGGCCAACGAGAUCCUGCUUUGGCGAUCGAUAUUCAAAAUGGAACAUUUGCAUGGGAGAAGCCAGCGGAAUCCGCCAUUGAUGAUUCAGCGAGAACAACUGAGACUUACGAAGGUGAACGACAGCCUCUCCUUGCGAACACUGCGAGGAAUCUGCCUACUGUCCGGCCUACGUUAUCCAAUAUCACACUCCAGAUCGCGGAGGGUAGUUUGACUGCUAUUGUUGGUCGUAUUGGCCAAGGCAAAUCAUCCUUGCUCGCAGCUGUCAUGGGGGAGAUGUAUAAAGUGGCACUAGAGGGCGUUGUCGCAGUCUAUGGCGAUAUCGCAUAUGUGCCUCAACAAGCAUGGAUUAUCAAUGCGACUGUCCGGGACAAUAUCUUGUUUGGAAAACCAUUUGAUCAGGAAAAAUACGAUAGGAUCAUAUAUGCAGCGGGUCUUCAACCUGAUCUUAAGAUUUUAGCUGCAGGUGAUAUGACCGAGAUUGGUGAACGUGGUAUCAACCUUUCAGGUGGUCAGAAGCAAAGGGUGUCAUUGGCCCGUGCUGCCUACCAAGAUGCAGACAUCUAUUUGUUGGAUGAUCCAUUGAGUGCUGUGGAUGCCCAUGUGAGCCAACAUCUAUGGCAGAACCUGGUCGGACCUGAAGGCCUACUCAGGAACAAGACUCGCCUCUUGGUGACCCAUGGAAUUCACCAUUUAGAGCACGUUGAUCAGAUUGUGUUGCUCAAGGGAGGUACCAUCUCGGAGAAAGGGGAGUAUCAGCAGCUCAUGAAGGAACGCGGUGCAUUCUAUCAGCUCAUCAAAGAUUUCUCGACUCAAGGAAAGAAAAAGAGGAAGAGUAACAGCACCAGCAACAGCAAGCACUCCACCUUGAGAGAGCUCUUGCUUGGUAAAAAAGAUACUAAUAAGAAUGGUGAUAAUACUGCGGCUACCGAGGAAUCUAUUGCAUCUGCCAAUAGUAGCAUCAGCAACGUCGACAUCUAUAGUGAUUCUGAAGGCGAUGCUAGUGAACGCAAUACAAUUGCAGAGGAACCCAUCGCUUCAAAAGCUAGAGAAGAUGGUAUUCAAGAGACGGAUGACUCUGGUGAGCUGAUUGCGGAUGAAAAGAUGGAAGUCGGAAGGGUCAGCUGGAAGAUUUUAUCAAUCUAUGCACAGGCAGCCUCCUAUCGCAACGCAAUGUUCUGUAUUAUCCUCUUCAUUUUGGCGGAGGGAUGCCAUAUCGGUACUAAUUUCUGGCUCCGUUACUGGAUCAGCGAUACAGAAGACAGAGAGAAGCAAGGACAGGAGCCCCGCCCUGCUUCGUACUAUCUGAUCGGCUACGGGCAGCUUGUUGCGUUGUAUAUGUGCCUGGAUGUUAUAGUCAACUAUGUGACUGAAGUUGUGUGUGGUAUCCGGGCUUCCAAGAUUCUUUUUGAUCGCCUUUUGACUCGUGUCUUGCGAUUGCCUAUGAGCUUCUUUGAUGUCACUCCGAUGGGUCGUAUUGUGAACCGCUUCUCGUCCGAUAUCGAUGCAAUUGACACUCAACUCCCAGAGGAGUGGAACGAUCUUUUCGCCUUCAUGUCCAUCAUUGGAGGCACACUCUUUGUCAUUGCUUACUCAACUCCGAUCUUCUUGGUUGCGAUCCCGCCACUAAUGAUGGUCUAUUUUGGCAUCCAAUACUAUUUUAUCAAGAGCAGCUCUUCCUUGAAGAGACUAAACUCUGUGUCCAAGUCGCCUUUAUACCAACACUUUAGCGAGUCCUUAACAGGAGUCUCUACUAUCCGUGUGAUGCGUGGUCUUCAGGAGCGGUUCAUCCAUCAAAAUGAACAGCGAGAAGAUGUGAUCGUUAAUCGUUACUACGCCUACAAUCUCAACAACCGAUGGCUCCAGAUUCGACUUGAGAGCUUGGGAGCUAUAACUGUCUACAUUGCUGCGACUUUGGCUGUAAUGAAUGCCGACAAGCUGGAUCCCAGUCUUGUGGGCCUGGCACUGAGCUACGCACUCAAUAUGAUUGGAUUCAUUAACUAUCUUGUCCGAACUGUGAAUGAGAUUCAAAACAUCUUGGUCUCGGUUGAGCGUGUCGAUGAAUACUCACAAAAGCCAACUGAAGCUCCUGUAGAGACCGAUGUGCAUUUGCCGCCGAAUUGGCCAGCCGAGGGACGGGUUGUCUUCAAGGACUAUAGUGCGCGCUAUCGCGAAGGACUCGAUUUGGUUGUUAAAGAUGUGUCCUUUACGGUAGAGCCAAGAGAGUCAGUUGGUAUUGUGGGCCGUACCGGGGCUGGAAAGUCUUCUCUAACAUUGGCUCUCUUCAGGAUCAUUGAGGCUGCAGAUAGUUACUGGGCUCGAGCUAGCGAUCCUUCGAAUGAUGGAUCCUUGCCAGUCGAUCAUCAGGUAUACAUGAAUGCCGGUAGUGGUGGAUCGAUCGAGAUUGAUGGUGUUGAUAUUUCAACUCUUGGGUUAAAGGAUUUGCGUCAACAUUUAUCGAUCAUCCCACAGGACCCAACCUUAUUUGCGGGUACAGUACGAGAGAACCUUGAUCCCUUUGAGGAGUGCACGGAUAAAGAUCUAUGGGAGGCCUUGGAACGUGCGCAUCUAAAGAAUUAUAUUUCAUCGCUUGCUGGUGGGUUGUCGUUUGAGGUGGCUCAGAACGGCGAGAAUUUCUCAGUGGGCCAACGCUCCUUGAUUUGCCUUGCUCGCGCAUUGCUUCGCAAGACUAAAGUGCUUGUACUGGAUGAAGCUACUGCAGCUGUGGAUGUAGAGACGGAUGAUUUGAUCCAAAAAACCAUCCGUAUGGAGUUCAAAGACAGGACGAUUCUGACAAUUGCGCACCGAAUCAAGACUGUGAUGGAUUCGGACAAAAUUUUGGUUUUGGAAAAGGGUCGAGUACAGGAGUACGAGUCACCGAAGGAGUUGCUCAAGAGGAAAAACUCCUUGUUCUAUCAGUUGGCAGAGCAGGCUGGAGAAGUGGAUACUCUUCAUCAGUAACUUCGGUUAGAAGCAAAAAAUUAGUAAAAAGCUGUGCUGCAAUUAAAUAUACGAUGAG